UGUGAUAAAGUUCGAGUUUCUUCAUUGACCCAGGCACAGUGCGUCGAGACUCUCUCUCUCUCUCUCUCUUUCUUCUUCCCGUUCCAUUUCUCGUUUCGUCAAUCCGCGGAGUGCAACUACAGUUUGGUCGACGGCUGUGUUGUUCUAGUACCCAUAGGCCUUGCGAGGAAUCCCUGAGUAAUUCUCCAAAGCCCAUGACAAUUGAACGCACAUAGUGUGUAAGACGGUUACGAUACCCCGGACGCCCACAUACCUUUCUUCCCGCCUCGAGUUGACAACCAACUACACGCCAACAAUGUCCAGCUCCAUGGCCGCGCCGCCUUAUUCCAACAAAGCCGCCAUUUACCUUGGACCCGUCAUUUCCUUUGGAGUCGUUGCACUUUUCCUGGUCAUCGCGCGUAUCUACACACGAGUAAAGAGGACCGGACAGCUAUAUCUCGAUGACUGGAUCAUCGUGGUCGCGGAGCCAAUGUCGUUGGUCGGCAUAUGUUUGGCCAUCGCGUCAACCGCAUACGGAUGGGGUAAACCAGCAGCAUUCUUCACACCCGAGACACUCAAGCAGACACUAAGGGUCCAAUUUGCGCUCCAGACCGUGUGGCUCCUGACGCUAUGGCUCGUUCGACUGUCUGUCGCGUGCUCGCUACUGCGCUUUGGGACGGAAAGGCUGUGGCGAUGGCCAUUGUACUUCAUCAUGGGUCUCCAGACGGUCAUCUCCUGGGGCUACUUUGUGAUUCAGUUUGCGCAGUGCACGCCCAUCAGCUCCAACUGGGAUACUGGUAUCUCUUCCAAAUGCUGGAACCUGGAUCCCAUCAUUCUCUUGGGAUGGGUUAUAGCUGGUGUUUAUAUCGCUAUGGAUCUUACUCUUUCCCUCAUGCCAAUCCGCUUGAUUCGUACCCUGAAUCGCUCUCAAUCAGAGAAGAUGCUCAUCGGCGUCCUAAUGGCCCUCGGUCUUCUCGCAACUGCAAUUAACUGCGCCAAGAUGACAACGUUCACGUCUUUCGGCCAAGGUGACGUGAUGCAGGCUACCAUCGUGCCUUCAAUGUGGGCCAAGCUGGAGGAGGAGAUUGGCAUCAUCGCUACGUCGCUUCCCUGGCUCAAGAGUCCGGCUGAGAAUUGGUUGAAGAAGAUGGGUAUAUUGAAAGAGCAUCAGCUUACCAAGCCGAGCUUUGUGGCUGACAUGAGCUUGCCGACUGUCAAGGACAAUAUCGAGGACAUGAACAAUGAUGAUGAUGAUGCGGACAGUGCGAAAGUAAAAGGAAAUGUUAGAGUGGAUUCAUUGGCUACUGUACUCGGUACCAAAGGCUCCAACUCAAGCUUGCCAAAAGAUCCAAACAGCAAUACCUGGCAGGCUGUCUGAUCGCGACGACGUUUACGAUUUUCAUCUCGAAUGCAUGCCGAAUAUCUGGGCUUUAGCGUGGCGUUGUGGGCGUUGUUGAGAGUCGUUUUAUCAACUCUACGGACUUGACGAACAUACACGGGCAUAGACUGCCUCUUUGCAUUAUGCGACGGUAUACAUUACCCCCUUAAUACUAUCAAUCUCGAACCGAAUGAAUGACUUUCUCACGUUGCG